ACGUGACACGACAGGGUACCAGAUGGCUGGGAUGCUGGACCAGUAGCCUUCAGCUAAACAAGUCGACUUAAACAGUGGUGGUCAGCAUCCAAUGGUGAGUGAUUGCUGUGGUCAAUAAUUUUUGGGAAUUAUUUACCGCUACAUACGUUUUGAGAGGUGGAUGAAUACAUUUAACUGAAUUUUCUGAGGGAAGGAAAAAAGGCUUGGUCACCUGAAGGUAGUAUUGAAUAUCUGUAUCCAGGUCGCGCACCACUUGUGUCAAGGUUACCACGCUGAGAAAAUACGGAAAUAAAACUCUGAAGCUUAUCCUUGGUCUCCAAUACUCGGCUAUGUAUAGAUUUUCUCAACUUAUUGACUCGUCUGAGCUUCGUGAACAAUUUGUUGAUUUGAAAUUGAAGUCUGAGUCAAAAACAGUGGAGGAUGAUGAUGAUAAAUGUUCACGUUCGACUAUUACAAAAUCUAAGAAAGGAAAACAUCGCAAUACUUCAAAGAAUCUAAGAGAGCCUGGCAAAUCAUGUAAUUCUGACAGUGUUUUGAAAGACAGUGGUGAUGUUACAAAGAAUGAAUACUCUCACCUCCACCUUGAACCGUGUGGAUUUCGUAAUGUUAGAAAUUCGUGUUUUCUCAAUGCUUCACUACAAUUGUUGCUGAAUAUUCCACCUUUAUGUACAGCUGUAAACAAAUACACGAAUGUGUCGAUCAAUAAUGAUGGUGUAUCAAACACUAAUGACAACAAGAAGACACCAUUAAUCAAUCAAUUACUCGAACUAAUAGACCAGUUGAAGCCCCACACAGAAGGUAAUGAUACCACUGCGCCCCCCAGCAUCACCACCACGAUGACAACAACAGCAACAAAUAAGUGUCGCCAGCCUCGUGAAUCGCCAUCGAAUAAAACAAAAGCUCGUAGUAAUGUUGAUGUUGUUGCAAGCAACUCGAUUUCUUCCAAUUCUAAAUUGUCCAAUCACGGAAAUGGUGUACAACCCUACGCAUUAAAUCAUUCGCUUACAUUGAAUCCAAUCUUUGCACAACUACUUCAUAUGGAUUCAGGUGUUCAAGAAGAUACUGCUGAGUGUCUUACAUACCUACUUACACAAUUACAUGAAGAAAUGAGUAAUUCUUCAAAGCCUGCUAUGCCUAAGAGUAGUACUACAGCAGAGGUCCAGUUGAAUGAAGUCGAAAGAAGUCAUAGUGAUGAAUCAGACUGGAUGAUAAUUGAUCGUGCUGGUAAGCACUAUCCACAGGCUAGAAAAAUAGAACUUGAUGGUGGUCAGAGUCCAAUUUCCUCAUUAUUCUGUGGUACACUAGUUACUCGUUCUAAUCUAGUCAAAUCGUCACCUGUUGGCAAUCCUGUUGAACGAGGGAGAAAAAAGGUCUCCGUGAAAGAGCCUUUCUUUAUUCUUCCUGUGCCUAUAGAUGAUCCAUCGGCCACCUCUGUUGAAUGUUCUUUACGAUGUUUAGCUGAACCGGAACAAAUUACAGAUUACCAGGAUUCUUUAGGCGGACAACAAGCAGUUGUUCAUCGUCGGUCAACAUUAGAUCGUCUUCCACCGUAUCUUAUUUUACAAUUGAAAAGAUUUUACAAUGAAUCAAAACCACAGUCAUCUGUAAAAAUGAAUGUCAAUGGAACUGUAAAUAUUACGCAUAAUGAUGAUAUUGUUCGUGGUGGUGGCAUUCGUCAGACAGCGUCAUCAGCAAUUAUUCGUAAACAUUUAAAAUCAGUUAAUAUUCAAUCGAAACUAGUUAUACCUAAAGAGUUGCUUAGUCAAGAAACACGAUUUAACAGUUCACAACGUCAUUAUCGUUACUGGCUGUGAUAUUCCAUGUCGGUGAGACUGUAGCCUCAGGACAUUAUACAAUUGCUGUACAUAUAAGUAAUCAUUUAAUCAAAAAUGGUGAGAACUCUACAGCAUUCUUAUACUUUGAUGAUGAUCGUGCUUGUAUUCUGAAUACUCCAGAAAGUGUAAAUCUUUUACUAUCAACUCACCGUCCAUUAGAUACACGAAGUUGUACAUUUCUCCCCCUACCAUCAUCAUCAUCCUCUAAACAACAACAAUCUCGAGUUGAUUUUGGAUCGACCGUGAACAGUCAACAUACACCAACUUCCAGUGUCGUUUAUUCAACUCAGCCUCGAACACCAUAUAUCCUUGUUUAUGAAUCUCAAACAGUGUACUCACCAGCAGGCUGAUGAUGAUGAUAAUGAUAAUGAUGGUAUUUUGAUUAUAAUCAAAUUUCGCCUCUGUCCUUUGUGUUUAUAUUCUUCCCCACUCCACCUCACCCCUCGCGUGUGUAAAUUAUUUUCUUUCCUUCUUUCUUUUGACGUAUUAUUUUUCUUUUAGCUCUUCUUUUUGUUUUGUUUUUAACCUGAAACUGUCAGUGUGUGUCCUUGUACACAACAGCAGAACACAGAUUGAAGACACACACCCGUCGACUCCUUCCACAAUAGCUAAUUUCUAAUUAUUAUUAUUAGUUCUAAUGUUCCUUAUUAUUUCUACAUUUAAGCAUGGAUGGGGAUUCCAUUUAAAUAUUACUGAUUGGGUUUUUCAGUAGUGAUGAUAAAUCCGGAAAAAGUAAAGCUAAAUUUAUUUAUUUUUAAAGCUAAUAUGUAGUUGAUUGGCUGUAAUAUCAGUAAAC